GCACAGCGCUUUGAGCUGGAAGGAGCCGUGUAAGGGUAGGGUAAUUAUUAUUGGUGUUUUACAGAGCUCACACGUGAAGUUCCCCCCUGUGGAGGGAGGUGGCCUGUUCUACUGGGAGCCUGAGGUCUAGAUCCCAGACGUGCCUCCUGGACUUAGAAUUGAGGAAGCAGAGUAGCAGACAAUUCCUGGGUUUCUCAGUGGAGAGGCUAUGUUACAAGAGGGAAACGGAAACAUGCUCACCAAAAUGGACGGAGACACACACACACAGAGGCACUAGCCAGCUCUCCAGGCUACGGCCUCAACCACAAAACCGGCCUUUCUGGCUAACUGCUGCAUGCGUGACCUGCUUUACUCAGGUGGUGAAACCCUGGGAGCUGCCAGUUCCUUGUCAUCCCCAUCUCCAAGGGCCCCCCAACGGGCUGAGGACCCUGGGAAGCAGGAGACUGUGUUACCGUUGCACCAUCAGGAUUGUGAUCCCUCCAGGGAGAGGGGGAGUGACCCCAUGUCCUCCCCUCCCUCCCAGACACCUGGGGGAGCGAUGGCGGGCUGCAGUCACCCCUUGCUCCUGGCCGUGGCCCUGCAGUCCCUGUUACAGCUGGCCCUGGGCCAAGCCACAAAUGGGAGCACCGCGACACCCACACCCGCAUCGGGGCUCACGGAGUCGGAGCGGCUGGCAGCCAUCAUUGUCCCCUCCCUGGUCGGGGGUCUCCUGAUUAUUGGACUUGUGAUCUUUGGGGCGCUCAAGGUGCGGGAGAGGCGGCAGACGGAGGGCACCUACCGGCCCAGCAACGAGGAGCAGGUGGGUGCUCGGGUGGUGACGAACGCUAACCUCCAACUGCCCCCCGAGGAGCGGCUGAUCUGACCCCGGCGGAGGGGGAGGGGGGAGUCACACACGCACCCCCUUCCCGGACUGGCAGACUUUGUCCCGACUGGAUACUGCAGUUCCAGAGCCGGCCGCACACUUGGGGGAGGCUCCUUGCUCUCUGCUGGCCGGAAGGAGCCGACGUUUUCGUCGCUGGAUGCAGGAUUUCCAGCUGCGCCCCCCUGCUGCGGGUGGGGGGCGGGGUGCCACCCAGCCACGGGGCAGCUCACCCACGGCCGCUCCACAACAUCGCCUCCUGGUGGCAGAAUCGGUGGGAGCCUCUGCUGCUGGGCUGGAAUAUUGGCAGAGCGCUCAACCUCGUGCCUGUUUCCACCUGGCUGGAUUACUUGAUCCUCCCCCCGUCUGCAUCUCACACUUGUCUGUGACCUCCCCUACCUCUGUCUGUUCUGGGGCAGGCUGCAGGGGGUUGUGUUUAAGCUGCCCAGCUCACCAAGCCAGCCUCAGCUUGCAGAUGGGGAGUGACUCUGGGCUGGGGAAAGCGAGGCUGGCCCGGCAGCGAAGGAAGGGGAAGCUGUAAACCCCUGCUCUAGCCUCCGGGGAAGGUAUUGGCCUUAACCGUCAUGCCUCAGUUUCCCCAUCUAUCACCCCCCACCAUCCUCCCACUCACCCUGGUGCUCUUAUGGUUACAAAACCUGCAGCCUUGUUGGAUGCAUGUGGAAGGUGCCACAUCACUCCGGAGUGGCUGGUGAAUGCACAGGAUAAUAGCCUCCUGCCGCUGUCGGCUGAUGGAGCUGCUCCUUGGGCUGGGCUGGGGGGCUGAAGGUACUGGACUGAAACCUGGGCCGCUGAUGGGGUCAUUUCUCGUGGUGGGGGGGAGGCGUGAAAUAAUUAAAUUAAGCAACUCGGCAGCUUCCUUUGCUGUCCUGCCUAGGGGGAAUGGGACCAAACUGCACCCAACUUACCGGUCCAGUCUCUUUGUCCUCUGGGACGGCUGUGUUUUGUCCCUCCCUUAAACCAAGACUUGCUGGGAGUCUUUUUCCCUAUGUGCAGCAUCCCCCCCUCCGCCCCCCGGAGCAGGUGUCAGUGGCUUUUCUCCCAAGCCGCAGUGUCCCACAGCACAACCCCGCCCCAUUGCUGCUCCCCCAGCCAGCACCUGGGCCAAGGUCAUUUCCCUGCAUGGGGCAGCCUGGGGCAAAGCAUCCAGGUGCCCCCUCCUCGGCGAGGCUGGAGCAGGAGCAACCAUCCCCCUGCCUGAGGCUUCCAUACCCAGCUGCAGUAGAAGCAGCUUGUGGGCUGAUUUCCUCGCCCCAUUAGUCACUUGUACCAGCCACGGUUCCUGAGCCUCUGACGUGGCCUCUAGGUUUGUGGAUCUUUAACUCCAAGAGCUUUUCUCCCACCAGUGCCUUGACCAUUUGAGAUAUGCGGAACACGCACAAUCCAUAGGUUUUAAAUAGGCCAGCCCAUGGUGCUGGCUCUGCCUUUAUGCCACCCGUGGGUUGUUCUUAUGAACGUCUCAGCUUCUCUUGACUCUAACUUUGAUAUAGUGGCAGCAAGUUCCCCAGGCUUCCAAGGGAGGAAGAUGCGGAGGGAGCUGUUUGCCCAGCUGGCCAUCCAGCAUCGGGGGUUGCUAGGAACCCAGUUCCCCAGCCAACUGCUUGGGUCAUCUUUACAGCCCCUGGUCGAUGCUUCCUCGCUGUAGCCCGUGUCUUGGAUCUGUCCCCGGGCGCCUCCGUGGCAUGCUAACCUUGCUCAGUGGCUGGCUGAAAGCUUCCCUGCUCCCACAGCUGUCACCUGGUGCUGCACGUUCUCCGCUCA